CAUAUAUAUAUCUAGUACAAGACACAACACAAUAUUCUUUAUUCCUCCCCUCCUUUCCUUUCUCUCUCUCUCUCUCUUUCUUUUUUUUUCCCUCUCAAUUCCUGACCCCUUCCCUUCCUUUUUUUCCUUACUAUGUUUAAAAAACUCUCUCUUUCCCUUCACAGACCUCAAAAGAUCGAAUCAAACAAUAUUCAACAUGACUCUCUUAAUCGAGAUUCCUUAGUUGACCCCAAUGUCGAAAGAUACAUUCAAUAUUCCAAAGACACAUAUAUUGAACCCAAUACUAAGCCUGUCAGUCAAAUGGCGGAUAGUUACCAUGACAACUCUUACACUGACAGCUAUUACCGCCAAUCUACUACCGAAGAUUAUUAUGAUCUUAAACCACCUCCACUUACCAUGGACCACUUAACCGAAUCCAGAAACUCGCUCGCUUUCCCUUCACCCGCAUCUAUCCCUUCGCCCGUGACUCCGGGACGUUCACAACAACAGAACGACCUGUCACCAGAAAAUGAAAUUGAAGCCCUCGUUCACCAAGGUAUCACUUUUCAUGAAAAGGGUCAAUUGGAAAAAGCAACUUCGUUAUUCAGAAUUGCUGCUGAAAAGGAAAAUCCUUUGGGUAUGUUUCUUUAUGGUGUUUCGUUACGACAUGGCUGGGGCUGCAAAAAAAAUGAACAUGCUGCAUUUCAAUAUCUUCAAAAGGCAGCUGAACAUGCAGUAGAAGAUUUAGCAAACAUCACAAAUACUGUCAAUACAUCAGCUUCCAAAGGUGAAUUAAUCAUGGCUAUUUACGAGUUGGGUGUAUCUUUUCGACAUGGAUGGGGUUGCAAAAAGAAUAAGGAAUCAGCAGUACAAUUCUUUAAAAUUGCCGCCGACUUAGGUGAUCCUGAUGCUCAAAAUGAUUUAGGUCACUGUUAUUGUCAAGGACAAGGUGUCAAGAAAGAUUUGGUUUUGGCCGCCAAAUAUUAUCGUAAGGCCGACAAACAAGGUCAGGGCAUCAUGGGUAAUUCUUGGAUUUGGAAGACAAAAUACGAUUCAAAAUAGCCUUGCCAACUACCACCACAAAAAAAAAAGUAAUUCCCCUGUAUCAAAAGAGGGGGGAGUUUCUUUUUUUUUUUAAUAUAUCAUAUCCUGGGAUACCUUAAAAACAAAAUCAAUAAAUAAAACAAAAUAAAAAAACUGUAUUAUUAAAAAAUAUCAAAUAUCCAAAAUGGUUGCAUGAUUUCAUGUCCUUUUUGUGGGUUGAAUUCUUCUUUUUUAU